GGGACCGCCCGAAGCUGAUAAAUAAGGGACCGGGCCGCGGCUGCGGGCCAAGUUGGACGCCCCGACCCGUUUGAGGGCCAGGUCCACGCCGGCCCCGCCAGGCGCAACCAGACGACCCCCCGUGCGGCCAUGGCCUCGCUUUUGGGGACUUACCCGUGGCCCGAGGGGCUGGAGUGCCCGGCCCUGGAAGCCGAGCUGUCGGACGGGCUGUCGCCGCCGGCCGCCCCCCGCCCGCCGGGGGACAAGGGCUCGGAGAGCCGCAUCCGGCGGCCCAUGAACGCCUUCAUGGUGUGGGCCAAGGACGAGAGGAAACGUCUGGCAGUGCAGAACCCGGACCUGCACAACGCCGAGCUCAGCAAGAUGCUGGGAAAGUCUUGGAAGGCGCUGACCCUGUCGCAGAAGAGGCCCUACGUGGACGAGGCGGAGCGGCUGCGGCUGCAGCACAUGCAGGACUACCCCAACUACAAGUACCGCCCGCGCAGGAAGAAGCAGGCCAAGCGCCUCUGCAAGCGCGUGGACCCCGGCUUCCUCCUGAGCUCACUGUCCCGGGACCAGAACGCGCUGCCCGACAAGCGGGGCGGCAGCGGCCGGGGGGCGCUGGGGGACAAAGAGGACCGGGGUGAGUACUCCCCGGGCGCCGCCCUGCCCAGCCUCCGGGGCUGCUACCACGAGGGGCCUGCGGGCGGCGGCGGCGCCCCUGGCAGCACGGACACCUACCCCUACGGGCUGCCCACGCCCCCGGAGAUGUCCCCCUUGGACGCGCUGGAGCCGGAGCAGACCUUCUUCUCCUCCCCGUGCCAGGAGGAGCACGCGCACUCCCACCGCAUCCCGCACCUGCCCCGGCCCCCCUACUCCCCGGAGUACGCCCCCAGCCCUCUACACUGCCGCCACCCGCUGGGCUCCCUGGCCCUGGGCCAGUCCCCGGGCGUCUCUAUGAUGCCCGCGGUCCCCGGCUGCCCCCCAUCCCCUGCCUAUUACUCCCCCGCCACCUACCACUCUCUCCACUCCAACCUGCACGCCCACCUGGGCCAGCUCUCCCCGCCUCCGGAGCACCCGGGCUUUGACGCGCUGGAUCAGCUGAGCCAGGUGGAACUCCUGGGGGAUAUGGAUCGGAAUGAGUUCGACCAGUAUUUGAACACUCCCGGCCACCCAGACUCCGCCGCGGGUGCCGUGGCUCUCAGUGGGCACACCCCCGUCUCUCAGAUGACACCCACGGGCCCCACAGAGACCAGCCUCAUCUCCGUGCUGGCAGAUGCCACGGCCACGUAUUACAACAGCUACAGCGUCUCCUAGAGCCAGAGGCCCGCCGCCCAGCCCUGCCUCCGCCCUGGGCACAGAGCACGUCCCGGAUCUCCCUCCUGGGCCCUGAGCAUACCGAUCAGCGCUGUACUGCCGCCCCACAGGCACGUCUGCAGGAGGGACCCCCAGCGAACCGGCUCUGCAGAUUCGAGGACCUUCUCCAUCCCCUUUCUCCCCGGCCCCAGUCCCCGCAGCCUGCAUUUUGAGUAGAUUCCUUCAAAUGAGUUGUCAUGGGCUACACCUGGAAUAAGGCCGGGGCGUUUUUUGAAAGACUACUGGUUCCAGGUAGAAUUUUCACGGACCUCUCCUCCCGGUUCCCAUCCCCAGAAAUAAAUGUGUAAAAAGCCCAGCAGCGUUCCCACCUGGGAGCCCUGGGCUGGGAUCCGGAGACCAGGGACUCUUAGAGGGCUGGUGAUACUCUCUGACUGGCCUCCCCCGCCUGCCAGCCUGUUCCUCCACCCCCCUCUGCAAAGUGGGGGACAGAUUUAACAGCGAAAGUCCCUUCUGCUCCAGGGUUUUCUGAUUUAGGAUUCUCGAAAGGCUCAAAGGAAAGGAAAGGUGGGCCCCGGAAACUCGUUGAGGUAUAAUCUGGGAUAAUUUCGUGUGCACAGCCCACGGACACAGGGCUUUCUGCACUUGCACUGCCUUCCAAAGUGAUCCUAGUUGUCCAAACGAACCCUUCCAAUUUGAGAAAAAAAACAAAAAAACA